AUGUCGGACCCAUCAGGGUUUUCAGGCUUUGGCCUUGAUAUGGCAGUCUGUGGCGCCAACCAUGAAUCCUCGAAACCAAAUCCUUGGGACGCCAACAAUAACGAAAGUUUCCUUCAACACAUUAGUUGUUCCGCAUUGCCAACGUCGGUUAAUGGAGUAGAUAAUGUCCAGCAUCAGCAUCUACCGAACGCAAAUAUGGCGUUAGCUAGAGCUCUCAAGGACAGUCUUCCUCACGUGGAGGCUGGCCAUAGAUCAACUUCGAGAUCGUCUCCCAGGGUAGACCCAACCCUCAGGCUCGCCACCACAAGAGGAAGAUCAUCAGAACGGAGAAGCCGACAGAGAAGUCGGUCUCUGUCAAAGUCUCAGGAACCACAAUCUGGUCGUACUCAUGGCACAAUUCGAAAGCCGACAUGGUAUUACUACGUCAGCGAUGGCUCGUCUCCUUGCACCAACAAUACUCACAGUACAAGUACAAAUCCUCAUGAAAGCUUUGCCUUGCCCCAGUACAUUGCAAAUCACUAUGAGAACAAGACUUCGGGCGGAGCCGAGUCACAGAACGAUAACAUCUUAGCGGAAGACGAAGACGAACCGCCCAAGCGGCAUCACAUUCGAUGUUUGCCGCAUGGAAUUUUGUGGACUUUCUUGUCGAUCUUCGUGUCAUGGAUUGGGUUGGGGCUUGCUGUGUUCAGCAGACAGAGUCUUAACUUUGUAAGGCUGGAACAACCAUGGAAGGUUGGAGCCAUCUACGAAGAUGUCACUUCGCUUGGAGUGAUCAAUGCUCAAAUCUGCUACAAUGAGACUGCUAGCACCAUCAGAGACCCUUCGAGAGUGGGAUGCUUUCCUGUGCCUUUGGCUACCAACGAGGACCUUGAUGACCCCGUUUUGAAGCUCGCAGCCGUGUUUGCCUCCGUCUCCAUCAUGAUUGGAUUUGUUCUAACACUUGCCGUGAGUACAACUGUGUGCUGGCGGACCAUCAACUUUCGUGCAACUGGGACAGGAUACCUCUUUGCGUACUGCUUUCAGUCGCUGUCAUUCCUCUUCUUUGACACGGACAUUUGCGAGACCAACACCUGCAAGGUUGACAUUGGCAGCAUAUACUGCAUUGCUGCAAGUGUCUUUUGGGUUUGCUGUUGCAUGCUCUGUGCAAAAAUGGAUUCGAAUCGUAUACGGGCCGAUCUUGCCGAAGAGUGCAAACGCAGAAAGCACGCUGUUGCCAAAGAGGCCGCUCGUAAACAGACGAUCACUCAAUCACAACCAGUAUCCAGUGGUACGGUUGUCACGGAAAACACGGCCUCAACCCAAAGUGAUGAACGCUCCCUAGAAGUCGACGAGGAACUUGGGACACCGCUUCGUAAUAGGAUGUUGAUGCGCAGCUCUAGGCAAAACAGCAACGAGUUUGAUUUCCAUCCUGUUUGGCCCAAGGAAUCUGGGUCUCUUGAGCAUUGUACACCUGGCAGUGAAAGACAGAACGACUUCACCGAAACACCGAGAAAGAGGUCUUCUGGGAUCGAGCGGCAGCACGAAAGCAUUAUCACAAUUGAUCCCGUUAGGACGACCACUGGGCUGACAAACAUCUCAGCGCUCACGUCCCCGUCGAUGGAGGAUACACUUCAACAUCGCAAUCGGGGUCAUGUGGAGUACAACGGCAUGGUCUUGCCAGUCAGAGGAAGAAGUAGUUCGAGACGUAGUAGAUCCAGAAGCAACCCGAGAACAAGUGGAAAUCGUCGCUCCAGGAGCCGUGGCCGCUCCAAUAGCGCCAAUCCACCGAUAGUUCGCUCGACUAGCGCCACCCCACGAAGACAUUGCUCGACUACCCCAAUCAGACGACGCUCCGCAAGUGGCACUCCUCGAAAACAACGUCUUGCGAGUGGUAACCCAAAAACGCCGCAGUCUUGUAGUGGCACACCACGUACACCGCGCUCCUCGAGUGGCACCCCACGAAAGCGCCGCUCAACUAGAAAACAACGGCGCGCAUCUGCGAACUCAACCUUCAUCAGGACAGCGUCGCGAGAACUUGAAGAGCAGUUGAUCGCAAGGGAAGCACAACGACGUGCUGGGGUUGAAAAAUCUGACUUUACAAGCAACCCACCGACAUCACCACUUCCCAACUAUUCUGUGCUGGCGGCUCAGGUUGGGAAACGUGCCUCUAUGUCUCGAGCGAGGAUCGACACGUCCGAGCUCACGAACACGCCAGUGUCCCCUACAGCCGACUUUUCUCCGGGGAAGACUACUGGACUUUCCGAGUUCGUGACUUCGUACUUUGACAUUUAA